CUUCCUCAUCCUUCCUUUAGUCUUUUUCUUAUUCAUCAAAGAAAGAAAGCAUUUGUUCAGAAAAAUGGCUUCAAGGACUCUCCUUCGUCUCUUGGGUCUGGCAUUGGCUCUUGUUCUACUCAUCUCUUCAGAAGUGGCAGCUCGGGACUUAGUCGAGACUUCCACUAGGAUGACAACAAUGAAUAAGGCUACAAAGAUGGAUGGGGUUAAUGAUGUCAAGCUCCCCAGAAUCCCAGUUAUAGAAGGAGCUCCACCAAUCCCCAGAAUCCCAGUUAUAGAAGGAGCUCCACCAAUCCUCAGAGUGCCAAGUAGUAUUCCACUAUUUGGCUGUCCAAAGGGUUGCUGUGCUCAAGUUGACUUGGGUUGCCUAGACUGCUGCUAAUUAAAUAUGCUACAGAUGGUGCAGAGUGUUCAUGACUAAAGCCGAACCUCACAACUGA